CGCUUGACUCGCGUCUUCUCCACGUGCGACAUGACUUUUUCCGGUUCCCAACGCGUUGAAUCUGGGGUAUUGGCGCAUGCGUUAGACGGCAUGAUAGAACACGCCUUGAGCUUUACCACCAGCACCAUUCUUCCAAUAUCUCAUCAUCUGUAACAGCAUCAGUUAUCAAUUACUCGGCAAACCUCACCAACCAUCAAUUCCAUUCCCUGAAUAUCCGACACGCAACACACGACACCUACAUACCAUCAUGUCCACUGAACCCAGCAUACCGGAGGUAUCGCAAACCGAGCGCCAUGGCUACCUCUUCGGCCACCCAAUCGCACACUCGAUGUCGCCUUUAUUACACAAGACUGUAUACGACAACCUAGGGUUAAAUUGGGCACAAUAUCCUUUGGAGUCGAGAGACAUGAGCUUGUUCCUACAACUGAUCAAACAUCCUCAUUUCUACGGAGCUUCGGUGACAAUGCCUCACAAAGUCGCGAUACUCAAACACCUUGACGGUCUUACAGAAGAGGGACAGGAUGUAGGCGCAGUAAAUACCCUCUUCAUCCAAGAAGACGCUUCUGGAAAUCGGUUAUACAUGGGUACCAAUACCGACGUGAUAGGCAUAAGGGAUGCGUUCGCAUACAACGUAGAACCAACCAAGUUUGAGAACAGGCCAGCGUUGGUGAUCGGCGGAGGCGGUGCAGCAAGAAGCGCAGUCUACGCGUUGAGAAAAUGGAUGAAGGCCAGCGCGAUAUAUCUCGUCAACCGGGACCCAUCAGAAGUCGAAGCUGUAAUAAGCGAAUGUAAAUCCCGCGGUUACGGCGACUCUCUCGUCCACGUUUCCACCGUCGCACAAGCACAGAGUAUAGAGGGUGUUGGUGCAAUCGUAGCCUGCGUACCAAACUUCACACCCGUCACACCAGCUGAGAUUGAGGCGCGGCAAGUUCUUGAAUGCUUUUUGGCGAAACCACACAAGGGAGCGCUACUAGAGAUGUGUUACCAUCCGACCACUUGGACGGAGAUCGCGGAAGUAGGAAAGCAGAAUGACUGGCAGAUUGUGCUGGGAACGGAGGCAUUAAUAUACCAGGGACUGGAACAAGAUCGCUAUUGGACCGGAAAGGCAGUAGCUGAGUUGCCAGUUGAGAAGGUGCAAGAAGCUAUCGCCAGGAAGCUGAGCGAGGCAAGAUUGUAGUCGUUAAUCGAACUGAACAUAUCUACGUAUAC